AUGUCUGUCUCAGAUCUUGAAGUUUCCAUUAGAGAAAAUAAGGAAUCUCUUAAAGAACUUACAGAUCUAUUAUUUUUAAGUCCAGAAGAUCUAGAGUUGAAAAAACUUGCUCAAGAUUUGGAACUUUUUAUAUCAAAACAAGAGGAGAAAUUAUUACAGUUGAAAAAAGAAGAGUUGCUCAGAUUAAUUGGGUGUCAACCUGAAACAUCUUCAAAAGAAGAAGUGUGUUGUAUUCCAUUUAUCCAUCCAGACUAUCAAAAAGUUUACUUUCUUCCAGCAAUAAUUCUCACAAUUAAUAAAGAAGAAAAUACUUGUAAAGUUUUAAUAUUAACACCAAUAACAUCAUCCACUAGGAUAUGUGAAAAUUUUCUUGCUAACCAAUGUACUACUGCUAAACUAUGUUCCAAAAAUUUUUCACAUGGCGAGGAGGUUACUUUGGAACUUUUGGCACCAUAUGAAAUUUUAGGUGCUGGUGGUGUAGAUUCAUACAAAAUUGGUAAAAAAGUUUGGGCCAAAUAUAAUAAAGAUAAUGUAUGGUAUAUGGCAAAGCUUGUAGAAAUUGGUUCAAAUGGUCGAGGAUUUAAAGUAAAAUUUAAAGGUUAUGAAAAUAAUGGAAUAGUAACAGUUAAUUGGGAAAAACACACAAAAGGUUUUGCUUCUAAAUUAAUGAUAAAAAUGGGCUAUAAAAUGGGUGAAGGAUUAGGUAAAAAUGGCGAAGGAAUUGUUAACCCGAUUGAAGUAAAAUUAAUUAAUAAAGGCGUUUCACUUGAUUACAUUGACGAUAAAAAAAAGGAUAAAAAUCCAGGAAAACAACGUCGUCAUCAACAACGUAAAUCUGACAGCCCAUAUUCUACAACCCACAGACGUCGUAGAACACGAAAAGAUGCAUCAAUAGAAUUUGGUCCUGAUGGCAAUAUAGAAGCUGAACCAAACAUUUUUGAUUUUUUAAAUGUUUCACUUAACAAAUCGACCAAUAAUAAUAAUAAGACAUCAUUACGGCUUUCUAAUGACAAUGAUGUUGAUGUUGAUGGUAGUGUUGAUAAAGUUAUAAUAUCAAAUUCUAAAUCAACAUCAACUACCAAUAAUUCAUCAGAAUAUUCAUCUCGUCAAAAAUCAGGAUCAAGAAAUAAUAACAUCAAACUAUAUCAAAUCCAAGAACAAUUAAAUAAAACUUCUCAAGAAUUACAAAAGGCAAAAGAUUCAUAUCAGAGAAACAAAAAAGAUCCAACAAUGGCUAAACAUUUUCUAGAAAAUGUAAAUAAAAUCGAAGCAACAUAUUUAGCAUUGAAGAAAAAAGAGCAAGAUCUUCAAAAAGAUCUCGAUAGAGCUAAAGGUCAUAAAAAAAUGAUUUUAUUUUAG